CCAACGAAAGGAAAGAGAGUUCUCGCGCCCCCUCCCGCAUCGCCGCCGCCCGCCGCCGCCGCGUCUCCGAAGCCCGUGUCAACCGCGAUGUCGCUGGUGGCGAACGAGGAGUUCCAGCACAUCCUGCGUGUGCUGAACACCAACGUCGAUGGGAAGCAGAAGAUCAUGUUCGCCCUCACCUCCAUCAAGGGUAUCGGCCGCCGCUUCGCCAAUAUCGUCUGCAAGAAGGCCGACGUCGACAUGAACAAAAGGGCUGGUGAAUUGUCUGCUGCAGAGCUAGACAACCUCAUGGUUAUUGUCGCCAACCCCCGUCAGUUUAAGAUUCCAGAUUGGUUUUUGAACAGAAAGAAGGACUACAAAGAUGGAAAGUAUUCCCAGGUUGUCUCAAAUGCCCUGGACAUGAAGCUGAGGGAUGAUUUGGAGAGGUUGAAGAAGAUCAGGAACCACCGUGGUCUGAGGCACUACUGGGGCCUGCGUGUCCGUGGCCAGCACACAAAGACUACUGGCCGUAGAGGAAAAACUGUUGGUGUCUCCAAGAAGCGUUGAGUUUUAUUCCUUUCAAUUGUUGGCAUUACAUGGAAUGCCUUCAGAGGAGUUCUUCCGCUUGAUCUCUGAGUUUAAGUUCCUUGCAUGGACUUAGUAGAUUUGAAACUCAAUAUUUUUUUCCUUUCAGUUGUAUGAUGUGUUUUGCCCGGUUUUGCUGAAGUGGUAGUGCAAUUACAUGAAUCAAAUUUUUGAAAGAAUGCCGUUUCUCGUCAA